AUGGUUUUGUCUGAGCAAUCGGAGUCAAAUACAACCUCAUCAAGUAUAAAUUUACAUCAUUGGAGGCAGCAUCGUCGUGAAAAGCGUUAUUUAAUAUUUGAAGAUUUGGGAGUUUAUAAGCUCAAUAUCGGCGUUGCAUUUCCCAUUGAUUUGGAGGAUAAACGUAAUUGGCGUACCCUAGCGAUGGCGGUUAAUUUUCAAUUUCAAUAUAAUCUACCGCCAAAGCCUAUAUAUUGGUGGGAUAAAUGGGAUACACGAAGUUUGGGCUCGUUAGGGUCUUUUAAAGAAUCGGAAAAGGAAAAUUAUCAAACAGAUGAGCCACAGUUGUUUCUUUAUCAAUGGUUUGAAAAUCAAAUGAAUCGACGGGAGACAAAUGGUCGGGAAUGUCUGCUAAAGGCCAUAUGUGAAAAUGCACAAAUCGACGUACAUCAGGGGCUGUAUGCGGAGAUAUUGUAUCGGUUUUUGAGGAAUUUGUUCAAAGAAGAUAAUCGUGAAAAUUCCGGUCAAAUGAAUUUUGAGCCUCAUCGAAACAUGGAUUCAGAUUAUGUUGAUGCCUGGCAUAUGGGUCUUAAAGGCAUUGAUUGUCAGUCAAAUUAUCCAAAAGCUAUUAAUUGUCUCCUGGAUAAAUAUACCCAUGUACGGGAAGAGUUUAUGGGCUAUACUAGAGUUAAAACGCAGGGAAAAAGCAGUGAAGAAGAGAAUAAAUAG